AUGGAUUUCAUCAAAUCAUCGUCCACUUCUUUAUCAGCUAAUAAGAGCACAAAACCAAGAAAGAACACUGACAGUACUAAAAGUGGCAAACAAAAAGCAGAGGAAGAUCAGAGCAGUUUUAGAUAUUUGGGAGUGAGGCGAAGGCCGUGGGGUCGAUAUGCUGCAGAGAUAAGAGAUCCAACUACGAAAGAAAGGCAUUGGCUUGGGACCUUUGACACUGCUGAAGAAGCUGCAUUGGCCUAUGACAGAGCUGCACGUUCCAUGCGCGCUAACAACAAAUCUAACAAACCAACUCGGACCAACUUUGUCUACUCUGACAUGCCAUAUGGCUAUUCGGCCGAGAAUGCUCCUACUCCUACUGUCAAUUUCGCCGACUUUAGUCACUUCUCCGUCAACAGCAUGAGUGGUGGUGGAGACUUUGCAUUACCGCAAUACUACAACUCAAACUACGAUGUGCAUAUGGAAGACAAUUACAGGUACGAUAGCAGUAAUACAACAUCAACAGAAUUGCCUCCAUUGCCGGAGGACAUAACAAGCGGGGGUAACUGCUACUACUUCAAUGAAGAAGUUGUUCAAGGUACUCAAAUGGGAUAUAGCAGCAGCAGCAAUAGCCUUUUGAAUGAAAUGAUAAUGCCAAUGGCUACUUUUGGUACUAGCAAUGAAUAUCAAUAUGGCGUGACAUGUGGAGAAGUUGGAGGAGGAAGUAGUACAAUCACUACAACAAAUAGUACAACAACAACAGCUGGGAGUUUUAACUAUUUCGGUUUUGAUGAUUGUUUACAGCCACUGCCAUGCAGCAACAGUAACAUGCAAGAUGAAUCCAACAACACUACUACUAUGGGUUAUUGGUUCUCAUAA